CGCCAGAGGGUUCCUGGGUGGGUGUUACUAUGCAACCGGCUUCCGCAGCUUAGGGCCAGGAGCUCGAAGAUCUGCUCUGAACCGAGGUUCCCCCUCGUUCUUGGCUUCGGGGUCGCAGUGUGUUCCUCACGUCCCUGACCCCACUCGUGUCCGCGCCGUGAGGAGCUCCACUUCCCGAAUUCCUCCACCAGUGUCACCCCCUCCUCUCCAAAAUUACGUCCAUCUUCUGCGCACCCAGAGCCCCGUCCACUUCCCCAACCCAGGUCUCAUUGUAUCCAAGCCGGGCUCUCCCUGUGCCCUCCCUUCCUUUGCCCGAGGAUGCCCCCUCCCUCUUUGGGAAUCAACCCCCCUCAAGCUAUUGUGUUCCCCCUCCCGCCCCUCGAACCCUUUGGGAGCCCCAGGAUUGCUCCAGCAGCAGUCCCUGAAGCAUAAUCCGACUUCUGAGUCCCUCAGACCCUGCUUCCCAUUCUGAAGCUCGGGUGGAAUUUUUGGGAUUCAAGCCAGAGAGGAAGAACCAGAAAACUUGACAAUCAUCUGUUGGGUCAAAAUGUCAGGAAUCGGCAAUAAGAGAGCGGCUGGGGAGCCUGGUACUUCUGUACCCCCAGAAAAGAAGGCUGCUGUUGAAGACUCAGGGACCACAGUAGAAACUAUUAAACUAGGGGGUGUUUCUUCCACGGAGGAGUUGGACAUCCGGACGCUGCAGACCAAAAAUCGUAAACUGGCAGAGAUGCUAGAUCAGAGACAGGCUAUUGAAGAUGAGCUGCGUGAGCAUAUUGAGAAAUUGGAGCGCCGGCAGGCCACUGAUGAUGCUUCUUUACUUAUUGUUAACCGAUAUUGGAGUCAAUUCGACGAAAACAUCCGUAUCAUCCUUAAACGCUAUGAUCUGGAGCAGGGCUUAGGAGACCUGCUCACAGAAAGAAAAGCCCUCGUAGUUCCUGAACCUGAACCCGAUUCAGACAGCAAUCAGGAACGUAAAGAUGACCGAGAGAGGGGGGAGGGACUGGAGCCAGCUUUCUCCUUCCUUGCUACUUUGGCCAGUAGCACCAGUGAGGAGAUGGAAUCACAGCUACAGGAGCGUGUGGAGUCCUCUCGUCGAGCUGUGUCUCAGAUAGUGACAGUCUAUGACAAACUGCAAGAAAAGGUGGAUGUCCUGUUUCGCAAGCUAAACAGUGGAGAUGCUUUGGUUGUGGAGGAAGCAGUCCAGGAGCUGAAUUCCUUCUUGUCCCAUGAGAAUGGACGGCUUCAAGAAUUGGCAGACCUUCUUCAGGAGAAGCACCGCACCAUGUCUCAGGAGUUUUCUAAGUUGCAGAGUAAAGUGGAAACUGCAGAGUCACGGGUAUCUGUUUUAGAGACAAUGAUUGAUGAUUUGCAGUGGGAUAUUGACAAGAUACGCAAGAGGGAGCAGCGCCUCAACCGGCAUCUUGCUGAGGUGUUAGAGCGGGUGAAUUCCAAAGGUUAUAAGGUAUAUGGAGCUGGAAGCAGUCUCUAUGGUGGCACGAUCACUAUUAAUGCUCGAAAGUUUGAAGAGAUGAAUGCUGAGCUUGAGGAGAACAAAGAAUUGGCUCAAAACCGUCUCUGUGAGCUAGAGAAGCUUCGGCAAGACUUGGAAGAAGUGACUGCCCACAAUGAGAAGCUCAAGGUGGAGUUGCGGAGUGCUGUGGAAGAAGUGGUAAAGGAAACCCCUGAGUACCGAUGUAUGCAAUCACAGUUUUCUGUCCUCUAUAAUGAGAGCCUACAGUUGAAAGCACAUUUGGAUGAAGCUCGUACCCUGCUUCAUGGCACUAGGGGAACUCACCAACGCCAGGUGGAACUCAUUGAGCGGGAUGAAGUCAGCCUCCACAAGAAACUAAGGACAGAAGUGAUCCAGUUAGAAGACACGCUGGCACAGGUCCGCAAGGAGUAUGAAAUGCUGAGGAUAGAAUUUGAACAGACCCUGGCUGCCAAUGAGCAAGCAGGCCCCAUAAACCGGGAGAUGCGUCACCUUAUCAGCAGCCUUCAGAACCACAAUCAUCAGCUAAAGGGGGAGGUCUUAAGGUAUAAGCGCAAACUAAGAGAGGCCCAGUCUGAUUUGAGCAAGACCCGCCUCCGCAGUGGCAGUGGCCUUCUGCAAUCCCAGUCUAGUACCGAAGAUGCCAAAGAAGAACCUGUGGAGGUCAAGCAGGAACCAGAGGACUCUUCCACUCAGACCUCAGCACCCAAGGCUACUCAAGAAGAAGCCAGUGAGACUAAGGCCAAAAGAGAUGAGGAAGAGCGAGAACGGGAAAGGAGAGAGAAGGAGAGGGAACGGGAGAAAGAGAAAGAGAAAGAAAGAGAGCGAGAGAAAGAAAAGGAGAGAGAGCGGGAGAAACAGAAGCAGAAAGAAUCAGAAAAGGAUCGAGAAUCCAGCAAAGAUAAGGAGAAAGGGAAGCAUGAAGAUGGAAGGAAGAAAGAAGCAGAACUGAUUAAGCAACUUAAGGCUGAACUCAAGAAGGCACAAGAGAGCCAGAAGGAGAUGAAGCUCUUGCUAGAUAUGUAUCGCUCUGCUCCCAAGGAGCAAAGAGACAAGGUGCAGCUAAUGGCAGCUGAGAAAAAGGCUAAGGCUGAGCUGGAAGAUCUGAGGCAAAGGCUCAAGGACCUAGAGGAUAAAGAGAAAAAGGAAAGCAAAAAAAUGGCUGAUGAAGAUGCCCUGCGGAAGAUUAAGGCAGUGGAGGAGCAGAUAGAAUAUUUGCAAAAGAAACUGGCUGUGGCAAAGCAGGAAGAAGAUGCUCUACUCUCAGAGAUGGAUGUCACAGGGCAGGCAUUUGAAGACAUGCAGGAACAGAAUAUCCGUUUAAUGCAGCAGUUGAGAGAAAAAGAUGAUGCCAAUUUCAAGUUGAUGUCAGAACGCAUCAAGUCAAAUCAAAUCCAUAAAUUACUUAAAGAGGAGAAGGAGGAACUUGCAGACCAAGUUCUGACCCUGAAGACUCAGGUGGAUGCUCAGCUACAAGCUAGUAAGGAAUUGGAAGAGAAGGAACAUCUCUUACAGAGUAACAUUGGCACAGGAGAAAAGGAGCUAGGCCUUCGAACCCAGGCUUUGGAGAUGAAUAAGCGCAAGGCAAUGGAAGCAGCCCAGCUUGCAGAUGACCUCAAAGCACAGCUAGAGUUGGCACAGAAGAAAUUGCAUGAUUUUCAGGAUGAAAUUGUGGAGAACAGCGUGACCAAGGAAAAGGACAUGUUUAAUUUUAAACGGGCCCAGGAAGAUAUUUCCAGACUUCGAAGGAAGCUAGAGACUACAAAGAAACCGGAUAAUGUACCCAAAUGUGAUGAGAUUCUGAUGGAAGAGAUCAAGGAUUAUAAGGCCCGCCUCACUUGUCCGUGUUGCAACAUGCGCAAGAAGGACGCAGUGCUUACCAAGUGCUUUCACGUCUUCUGCUUUGAGUGUGUGAAGACACGUUAUGACACCCGCCAGCGUAAAUGUCCGAAGUGUAAUGCUGCCUUUGGUGCCAAUGACUUCCAUCGCAUCUAUAUUGGUUGAAACAGGUUAUGAGCAGAGGAACAGAAAGUCAGGAUAGACAUAUGUUGCCAUUCACAGACUCCUGCCCAUGUUCUUCUCCAAAAUAACUGGGUAACUCCAGUGAGAGAAUUGGGUAAAUAAAAGGACUAGGUUUGUGGGAAGAAGUAAAACUAAGUGAACUAUUGACUACCUUCCCCUCUAGCUUAUAUUUCUGUAGGAGCCCACUAUACUGUCUUGGCCUGUUGGCCUAUCCCCGCCCUCCCAAAGAUACUGAGUUGGUAUUUUUGCUCUGGAGUACUGAUUGGAGGGCAGAGAAGAGGGGAAAGAGAUGAGUGGGCUCAGGCCAGAGCUCCUAGCAGAAAGUUGUCUUCGGGCAUGAUUUGGUUUGUAAACUUUUAGCACAAAAGUGUCCCAGUGAUACUUUUCCUUAGACAACAUGAGCUGAUGUCCUCAGGUAUGAGGUACCUUUAAGGGCCAGUUACAGUUACAGAAUAUCUGGUGGAGUUUUUAAUUGGUGGAAAAUAUGCUAUGUCUUUAAUUCCCCCCAGGUUGGAAUAGUUGCAAAGGGUCCUUUCUGCCUGUCAGUACGGCUAGAAUUGGAAGAGACAAAAGAACAAGACUGAGGUGAUGAGAACUUUCAGGGCUAGCAUUCUAAUGGAGGGUGCCAUGAGGCCUUGGUGAGCUGUGCAAUCCUCUCUGUUCACUUUCCUGGGGUGUGGUCCAUCUUCAUUUUCUAGAGGACUGUUUGUAGUGUUUUCCAUCAGACUUUGUACUUGACAAAUGCCAAUUAAAACAUGGGUCAAUUUA